AUGGAACGAGUUAGGGAGUUCUUUGAUAAUCGUUACGAAGUGUACAGAUGUGAUAGGGACCGAGCGGCGACGGGGCGAGAGCGCGGGGGCGGGGUGCUAGUGGCGGUGCGGCGCGAGCUGUGCGCCCGCGCGGCCCCGGCCUGGUGCGCGCCGCCGCCUGCAGACGAGCUGUGGGUAAGUGUGCCGCUAGAAGGGUGCGUCCGCAUUGAGGCACGCUGGGCGCGCGCCACGGAGAGUGCGGAGGAGCGCGAGGGCGCGGGGGGGGGAGCCUCGCCCGCGCCCUCCCCCGCAGCCGACGCGGAGGCGCCGCGCCGCCGCCGCCACCGCCGCCCGCUGUACCGCCGCCUCUUCAGCUAUGUGCGCACCGCGUGGACGGGCGUCAAGUUCGCCUUAGGUCUAACAGCGCAGUCAGAAAUCGAUUCGGAACUCGAGGAAUUGGGUGAGCAGUUGCCGCGCUACCGCCCGGACUCCAUCGCGGCGCUGCGGCGCGCCACCCGCUUCACCGAGCCCGAGCUCAAGAGGUUAUACCGAGGGUUCAAAGCCGAGUGUCCAACUGGCGUCGUGAAAGAAGACACCUUCAAACUGAUCUACGCACAGUUCUUCCCACAAGGAGCUAACACCGCACAGUACGCGCAUUUGGUGUUCAACACAUUGGAUCAAGACCGAAGCGGCUUGCUUAGUUUUGAGGAAUUCGUAACGGGCUUAUCGAUACUAUCAAGAGGCUCCUUAGAAGAAAAGUUAAGGUGGACCUUCUCUCUAUACGACAUCAACGGAGACGGGUGCAUAACUAAAGAAGAGAUGACUGAAAUCGUCACUGCGAUUUACGACCUCAUGGGCAAAAUCGUAGAGCCGUUGUUAGAAGAGGAUGUUGUGCUGCAAAAGGUGGAAAGACUGUUUCAGAAAAUGGAUCUAAACCGUGACGGCGUGGUGACCCUCGACGAGUUCCUGGACUGCUGCCUGCACGACGACGGCAUCUCGCGGUCCAUGGGCGUCUUCGACAGCAACUUCUGA